AUUAAUUUUAUUUUAUGAUAAGAAUAUUAGGAAGGGAAGUACUUGCCGCCAUCAUAGUUUAGCAUGGUGGAUGACGUCAAAAAGAGUAGUGAUGUACAAUCACAUAGCACACGAAAACAAAGACAGUGAAAACAUUGUCAGUAUUAAGAAGAGAGAACAGAAAAGCAUGUAUGCGCACGCCUAAGAAUGAAAAAGAUAGUAAGAGGGUGCAAAGGAGGGAGAAUAGAGGCGUGCAGCAAGCAGUACGACAGGACGUAGAACGGCCGCUGCCGUGGUGUUUGGGCUCGGCUCGGUUGUGCCGCAUCCGUUAUGACGAUACGAUAAUCCAGCGCUUAGCGCUGUGACCGUGUUACUUGCCAUUAUUGACAUUUAUAUUUUAUGAAAAGUUCAGAAAGAACGUGAUGGAGGUUUAUUGUUUUCUAAUUUGAUUGGUAGACUGUUUCUUCGUUGAUCGUUAGAAUUCAUUCAUACGCCAUGUGCCAUUGCUCUACGUAUAUUUCCUUUCUCCCUGGAUCGUACUCGGUUAAAUUUUCAUAAAAAUAUUCUUCUAACAAGUUUGCCGGUGAAUUAUUUUAAUAAAAAUUUCUAUUAGUGAUUCUGGUGUUUUGUGUUAGUGUAAGUGCAACGAGUAACUUUUUCUUUUUAUACUUUUAAAUUUUUAUACGGCUUAAAUUGAAAGUCAAAAUAAGAACAAUAACGGGAGGAAUAGAAAAGAGGAUAGACGGUGCAUUUGCUGAGUUUAAGUAGGAAAGAUAUCUCAUAAGGAGCGCAAGUGGCGUAUCAAGAUGGCGCAUAAUUUGGCACCGAGCGUCAACUGUUCGCUCGACGACAUUGAUCUGAAUGCUUUGAAAGAACCUGCAGGUAUCUUCGAAUUAAUUGAAGUUGUUGGAAAUGGAACUUAUGGUCAAGUCUAUAAAGGUCGGCAUACCAAAACUGGUCAAUUGGCAGCCAUUAAAGUUAUGGACGUCACAGAAGAUGAAGAGGAAGAAAUCAAAUUAGAAAUUAAUGUAUUAAAAAGGUAUUCGAAUCACAGAAAUAUAGCAACGUAUUACGGUGCCUUCGUGAAGAAGUCAUCACCAGGAAAAGAUGAUCAGUUGUGGUUGGUUAUGGAAUAUUGCGGAGCUGGCUCCGUUACAGAUCUGGUCAAGUCAACUAAAGGCCAGAGUUUAAAGGAGGAAUGGAUUGCGUAUAUAUCGCGGGAAAUAUUGAGAGGACUUAGUUAUCUUCACAGCAAUAAAGUUAUACACAGGGAUAUUAAAGGGCAAAAUGUUCUGUUAACCGAUAAUGCUGAAGUUAAACUUGUUGAUUUUGGCGUUAGUGCACAAUUAGAUCGGACAAUAGGUAGGAGAAAUACAUUUAUUGGAACGCCAUAUUGGAUGGCUCCAGAAGUAAUAGCCUGUGAUGAAAAUCCUGAUGCUACAUAUGAUAACAGAAGUGAUCUUUGGUCAUUGGGAAUUACCGCUUUAGAAAUGGCCGAAUCACAACCUCCACUUUGCGAUCUUCAUCCGAUGCGGGCUUUAUUUCUGAUCCCACGUAAUCCACCACCAAGGCUCAAGUCGAAAAAGUGGGCGAAGAAAUUCCACGGUUUUAUUGAAACGGUUUUAGUAAAAGAUUAUCAUCAAAGGCCGUAUACGGAACAACUCCUUAAACAUCCGUUUAUUCGGGACCAACCAACGGAGAGACAAGUUAGGAUACAACUUAAGGAUCAUAUUGAUCGCUGUAAAAAGCGUAAACAGGAGAAAGAAAGAGAUGAUUAUCGGUAUAGUGGUAGUGAGAAUGAAGAAGAUGAACCAGCAUUGGCUGGUGAAGCAUCAUCCAUUGUUCAAGCACCUGGUGGUGAUACAUUGCGUAGAAAUUUCCAGCAAAUUCAGGAAGGUAGAACUUUAACUCAAGAAGUAAAUCCUCAACCACCUGCUGGUAAAGAAAAACCCAGUAGCAGAGCUCAAAGAGAUAUACCAGAACCAGGACCACCUGCACGACCUGCCAUUCCACACAGAUUAAUCGUAGUUCCAGAUCCACAACCACCGUCUCGACCAUUACCUCCAACACCUAGAGAUGAUCCACGACAACCUCAUAAAGUUUCGACACCACCCUCCAAUCAUCAACCUCUUAUUGGUGGAGGUGGUAGUGGAGGAUCUGGUGGACAAUCAGCAUCACAAAGAAACAGUCAUGUUUUUAAGCCUAUGCUGCCUCCAAGGAAACCAGAGGACUUGGACAUGCUGGCCGCUCAACUCAACGAGCUUGGUGUGUCACAGGGCCCAGAGGCCCCGCCAAGGCCAAACAGGCAGCAUAAGGCUCCAUCAUCAACAUCGAAUUCCGGUCAGCCUGCGAGCAGUAAUGACCAAAACAAUAAACAAAUGCCACAGUCUUCCAGUAUACUCGAUCAAGCUUUAUCCGUUGAAAGCGAUAGUGAUGAUGACCUCGAAGAUGCAGGAGGAAAUAAUGCGAGGAAUGAUGGUACAUUACUUGCCAGUGAUCCACCAAAACCUUUACCCGAAUUUUCUCCUUUCAGACCAUCCGCGGAUCCAUCGUCGACAUCGUCGCACAAUGCUCAGAACUCGCACCUCGAAGGUAAGCCGAAAGGUGGAGCACCGAAUCGGCCACUUCCACCAACCCCCGACGAAGAAGAAUCAGGAGAUCGUACGCUAGUCAUGAAACGGAAACUUAGUCAGAUGUCAGACGAUCGCACGGCGAACAUCAACACCAACACCAACACCACUACCACCACCACCACCAACAACAACAACAACAACAACCGGCGCUCCGAGGCUGAGGAGCAACUCCUGCUCAAAGAGUGGGAUUUCACCCGUUUUUUCCAAGGUUUUAACGAACGAUUGGAUAAAAUGAAACAGCAAGAAUCCUCGCAAGAGUCGUCGUCGAGCGCGGAGGCGAACAACAAGCCCCCCUCCUCCGUUAACGAGAAUCACCUUUCCUCCUCGUCCACGGAGAAAACGUUAAAGAGGCAGGAGCAAUUAUCAUCUCGCAGAAAGUACGAUAAUCAGCAACAGCAUCAUCAAAAGCAUCAGCAACAGCAGUUGAAAGCGGUGCACAGACGGCAAGAGAGCGACUCGAAGCUUGGCAACACGUCCAGCGCUUUUGCACGCGCUUUCCGCCGUGAGAAUUCCGACUUUUUCCCAUCCGCGAGACACUCUGCAUACUUACAGAAGUCAGACUCCUCGAGAUCGAGCAUAUUCUCGAGCGGUAACAGGCGUGGCAGCGAGAUAAGCGUUGCCGGUAUCGCCGGGAAAAAGGGGAACGCUGUGAGCGCCGGUGAGCCGGUCCUUACAGACUUCUCGUUCGGUCGUGACGGUGUUCAGAGGCCUAGAAGGGAGAAAACCGAGAGCGAGAUCGUUUUUGGUAGUAGGCACGAGGCAAGAAGGCUCGACUUUGGACGCGAUAAAGAUGACACCGCGAGGAGACGAUGUUGUAGGCCAUCAGACGCGGUUUCCGCCGCGGUUGACGAAGCGGGAACGAUUAAAUCUACGGCCAGUACAACGGCUAGCGAGUACAGCCCCAUUGUCACCCAGAAUCGAGAAAGCGGUGAUCGUUCGAGAGGCGGAGGCAGCGGUGGUGACUUCCAGAGGUCGGAUUCAUCCCCUGGAUCUCGACCAAGCUCCGUGUUACCGGAUCUCCUCACCUCGUCACCUGGCCAACGACAGGACAAGACAACAAGUGAAGAGUAUCGGCAAGCAGUUAAAUCACCACAACUACUUGCACAUCAACAGAAACAGAGAUCUUUCUUGACCUUUGGAUUUGGUGCGGGACCAGCUAGAAGGGAAUCUCAUGUAAAUGUUAAUGUGACACCGACCAGUCAUGACCUUACAUCUGAUACACCUGAAAUACGCAAAUACAAGAAACGAUUCAACAGUGAAAUUCUUUGUGCUGCGCUUUGGGGAGUAAAUUUAUUAAUUGGUACCGAAAAUGGCCUUGUGUUAUUGGAUAGAAGUGGUCAAGGAAAAGUAUAUCAGUUAAUAAGUAGAAGACGAUUUCAACAAAUGGAAGUUCUUGAAGGACAAAAUAUUUUGGUUACAAUUAGUGGAAAAAAGAAUAGAGUACGGGUAUAUUAUCUUUCUUGGCUUAAGAGUAAAAUUUUGCGAACGGAUGGACAUAGUGAUCAAGUUGAACGGCGCAAUGGCUGGAUUAAUGUUGGAGAUCUUCAGGGUGCGGUACAUUUUAAGAUAGUCAAAUACGAAAGAAUAAAAUUUCUUGUCAUUGCAUUGAAAGAUUCGAUAGAAAUUUAUGCUUGGGCUCCGAAACCUUAUCACAAAUUCAUGGCGUUUAAAUCGUUUAGUGAACUUGCACACAGACCAUUACUUGUCGAUCUUACUAUAGAAGAGGGUUCUAGAUUGAAAGUUAUUUAUGGUAGCGCCGAUGGUUUUCACGCUGUUGAUUUGGAUUCUGCUACGGUUUAUGAUAUUUAUCUGCCAAAACAUACUCAAGGCCCCAUUUGUCCACAUUGUAUCGUUGCAUUACCAAACAGUAACGGCAUGCAAUUACUGUUAUGUUACGAUAAUGAGGGUGUAUACGUGAAUACUUAUGGUAGAUUAUCCAAAACCAUGGUUCUUCAAUGGGGUGAAAUGCCCACUAGUGUUGCAUAUAUCGGUACAGGACAAAUUAUGGGCUGGGGUAACAAAGCUAUUGAGAUUAGAAGCGUAGAAAGCGGACACCUUGAUGGUGUGUUCAUGCACAAGAAAGCUCAACGGCUCAAGUUCCUUUGCGAGCGUAAUGAUAAGGUAUUUUUCUCGUCAGCUAAAGGCGGAAGUGCGUGCCAGAUUUACUUCAUGACAUUAAAUAAACCUGGCAUGGCUAACUGGUGAUCCCGAAUAUGGCCAAAUCUGGCCCUCAAAUUAUCUUUACGAAUAAGGACACAAAAUCUUUCUCGUAUAUCGAGAUACGCAUCAUCGCCAUUCAUGUUAAUUCGUUUUUCACUGCCAGGAUUUAAGGCCAUGGAAAGCAAGCAAUGUUCAUAUUGGAGUCAACAACAUUAUCAAUAUCAUUUUCAAUCUUAUUACAAUUGUCAUUAUUAUCAUUAUUAUCGUCGACGUCGUCUUCGUCGUCGUCGUCUUCUUCGUCUUCUUCGUUAUCAUCGUCGUCGUCGUCGUCGUAGGCGACGUCAACAUUGUUAUCGUCAUCGUCAACGUCAUCACCAUCACUAUUACCAUCAUCAUCAUCAUCACCUCCACCAUAACUAUUAUCAUUUUUAUCCACAAGACCAUUAUAAUCUAUAUCGAUAUGUUUGCUCGAGUAAUUGCACAUUAAUAAAAAAAUAUCAAACAUUCAAUAAAAUAUCUCAACAAUAUUUUCAAUUGUUUUUGCAAAGUUUACAAGCGAAUUUGUUAUUUUUAAAUAAUUUCGUACGAAAAUUUUUGUCCUUUUUUAACUAUUCAUUUUUCGUUAUGCAACUUAGCAUAUGAGAGAAAAAAAUGGUUCCUUCUUUACGGUAAUAUGCCUCUCGACAGAGGAAAAUAAAUAAGAAUAAAAUAUAUGCACAAACCAUUAUUAUACCGAGUAAUAAUUCAUUAUGUUUUGCCAAUAUUUGAAUGUCAUUAUUAUUAAAAAAUUUUUUUUCAUAUUUAAAAGGUGUAUUUAAAUAAACAAAAAAAAUAUAUAUAUAUAUCAUAAAAUAAUUUUAAAGUCAAGACGAAUGAGUCCAAAGUAAAUCGAAUCUUCCGAAAUAACUUUGAAAUUGUAUAAAUAAUAAGUUAUUAGCGAUUCGUAACAGAAAUUAUUAUACUGUAUUGUUUUAAUAAGUGCAAAAAAUUGUGCAAUAUCGAUGCUUUUAUCUAUAUAAACAAAAAAAAAAAAUUUUUCGUAAUAAGUUUGUAACAAGUGGCUGAAUUUUUCUAUGGUAAUAAAAGAAAUAUGAACUGUCUCGAUAGUUGUAAGUGCAAAUACGCGAGCAAAAUGCAGUGUGAAUGGAUUUUUGCGAUUUACAUUUCGAGAAAGAGAGAAUAUAGAGAGGACGCGCGCGCAAAUUGAAAAUAGGAGCAAUGUAUGCAAGGGGGUGUGUGUAAUGUAUGUUUUUAAAACUAAUUUUUGAUUGAAUGUAUUUUUUUUCCACAUUUAUAAAGAUUAUUAUAAUUGACGUAAUAAUAUCAUUCUUCGAAAAGAUUUCUCCCAUGAUAUACAGUUAAAUGUAAUCGUACAUAUUAUUGCAUCAAGUUUACAUAAGAUCUUUUAAAAUGGGAGAAUAAUAUUGUUUUUAACAGUAAAAUAAUAGAAAAAUAGCGAUGGACUAAAAUGUUAUAACUAAAAUUAGGAAUAAGAAAAAUAAUUACUAAUGUUAUUAACUGUAUAGUUUGUAGUAAUCGAUGGAUUCGUAUGUCCUACUUCUUGCAAUUUAAGAUAAUGGCGAUGACGAUAAUAUCACGACGAUGUAAUUUGUGGCGUUGGAUAAAUUGCAUUUUUACGAGUAGAUUUAUGUUAGCAGUUUUUGAGACGUAAAGUGAUAAGGUGCAAAGAAAACAUUUUUCUAUUUCAUUAUUUUUUCUAAGAUUUAAUAUACUUUUUAUGUUUAACUUGCACCCUCCUCUUUGCGAAAGAUAUUCGAUCGAAUACAGUCGCAUAUUUUUUAUAAAUAAUCAUAGAAACGCGUUCAAUAUUUAAAUAAAGAACAAUCUUGAUAAGGCGAUAUGCAUAGGAAAAUAAUAUUUUCUUUUUUUUUUUUUUUAUUACUCGUUCAAUACUGUACAAAUUAAUGAUUAUUAUUUAUCCAUAAAUUCAUAAUUUAAUGGACAAUUUUAUUGAUCGAAUUGAAUUAUAAACGUCAUACGUUAAAAUUGUGGCUUUAAUUAUUAAAACAUAAUUAUAUGUAUAUCGCAAAUAUAUUUUAUAAUUUUGAAUAAGAAUAUUUUACACAGAACUUUCCACUAGAGAUAAUUUUAGUUUGAAUAGUUCUAUGUGUAAUUUAGAUGAGUUUAUUUUCAAACAUUUUCAACUUCGUAUCAAAUUUAAAUUGAGAUAAGAAUCGUUAUGUAAUUUAACGUUAACUUUUCUUUUAUAAUUGCAUUGAAUCAUUAAUAUAAAUCGUGUAUAAAAUAUUUGUUACAUAUAAUAAGCACUUCGUCUAAACUGUUGAAUAAUUGUAAAAUUGUAAUUUCAUAAUAUGAGGGUGUAUACGUGUAAAAUUAUUUUUUAUUGCUUAGAAGAGUAAACGUUGAAUAUUUGGUUGAUGUAUUAUUUCAACUAAAAAAAAAUAAAAAAAAUCUGCAGCAAUAAUGUAUCAAUUAGGGCAAGUUCUGAAUUCUGAUAAAAAAAUACUUAAUGUACACUCAUUUAUUUAUUUGUACAUAAAUAAAUAUAUGACGUGGUAUGUGAUAAAUGAUCAAUACGUCAUACUUAUUUAUUUGAAUGCGUUUCAAAACAUUUUUACGAUGUUCUUGCAUAUAAUGUUUAAUUUCUAAUGAUUUUUUUUAUUUUGAACAUCGAAACAUCGGAAAAAACGCAUUCAUAAUAAGGUUAGAUGCAAAGAGGAGGACAUCUAGCUAGUGCAACGAAAGACUGUUUUUUUGAACGAGAAAAAGAGUUUCUAUUGCGCUGGGAUGGAAGGAAAGGAACAGGGAGUGAUAAACAAUUGCGCGCGCGCGAGAGUAUGCGAGUAAGAGAGAGAAAAUAGAAUUUUUAGUGAAUGCUACACGUAUGGACGGUCAUUUACAAAUAAUAGGGAUUCCAAUAUUAUAAUGAUAAUAUUGCUACCUGUAACGGAUUCGCGGUUUAAUUUCGUGCAAGAAUUCCUCUUAUUCUUUUCGUCACUUUCGGUUCCUUUGGUUAAUACUAUGUUCCAUCCAUUAUUUUUACUUUUAUCAUCUUGCACAUUGUUUCCCAAAGAUGGUAGUGAUGAUUUUUUUUUUUUUUAAUAUUAUAUUAAUUAUUACUUUUAUAGUUUAUAAUUGCAUUAUUGUUGCGAUUAUUCUAUCUAUCCGUACGCCAUUAUGACCAUCAGCAUGGUAUAUUAUGAUUACAAUGAUUAAAAUUACUACUAUUAUUACUAUUAGUAAAGUCAAAUAUACGGACAAUUUGUAAUUGA